AUGGCAUCUGCUGCUGAGGAAGUCGACUUAUUUCCAAGUAUAGAAAAUGCUGAGUUCCUAAAAAUGUUUUUUUCUCAACUGGAAAAAUGGAACAUGUUUAAUAUCCAACUAAACUUUUAUGUAUCGAUUGUCGGCGUUUUUCUAACAGUUUUCCACUUGAUAGUGUUGACUAGAAAAUCUAUGCGAAUUUCGUCGAUUAUAUCGAUUAUGAUAGUCAUUGCAAUGUGUGACUUGGUCUUCAUGUUUGUGGCUAUUUCAAUUAAAGACAUUGUAUUGAAUCAUUAUGGAACUUUGUGUACUCCAUCAAAUAGUUUACUAGUGCAUCACGUCUACUGGGUUCUUGUGACGUUUCGAGAUUACGCCAUUAGGUGCUCUACAUGGUUAACUGUUACUUUGGCCAUGAUUCGGUUUUUGGUAUCUAAGUACAUAACGAGUCCUAAAUUACAAGCUUUGUCUAGUUUCAAAGUUGGUCUUCAAGGGUCAAUUAUUUGUCUCCUGUUUUGCUCUACAUUGGCUUUGUGUAACUAUUUAAGCGUUAAAAUCGAAAAAUUGCACAAAUAUGCCUUUAAAUUCAACUUAUCCAUAUUAUGAACAUAGAGUGUUGGAUUUCUUUGCACAUGGAAAUGAAUUGCCUAGAAGAAUGUAUCAAGUUAUUAACGGGGUUCUAGUCAAGAUAGCUCCCUGUAUCGUUUUACCCCUGCUCACCACGUUGCUUGCUAUUGAACUGCGAAAAACUGAGAGAAAUCGAAUAUCAUCACGUGUUUCCACAAGAAACAACUCGGAAAGAACGACGGUUCUAGUUAUCAUUGUGACUCUUUUGAUAUUCAUAGCUUCACUGCCAACUGGCACCGCAACAGUUUUCUCAUUCAUCUACCCUGAUCUGGGAUUUUUCUUCCUACCUAUGAAUCUUGACGCGGCAUUACAUUCUGUUCUGGCUCUGAAUGGGUCUAUAAAUUGUUUUAUUUUCUAUGCAAUGUCUAUACAAUACCGAACAACUGUAAAGCAUAUUUGGAUAAAAGUCAAUGUUGAAGGUAGAGUAGCAACUAUCAGCAAUGGAUUGCAUCGUCUUUAA